AUGGCCAAACUAACAGAUUCUGGAAGUACAAGAAAUCGAUCUGAAAGUGUUUCACAAAACGUUGGCGCCGUAGAGUUUGUUCAAGUAGUUAAACAAGAACACGGCUACGACGAAAAAGAAUAUAAGAAAAUACUAAGAUCAGAAAUAGAAAAAGAAUCAAAAAAGCCUAGGAACAUAUUCUUAAUUUAUCGAAGUUUAGUUAAGCAGUAUCUUAUGAACUACUUAUCCAUUAAGGGCUUCACAGAGAUUUCAGAAGAGUCGGGUAAAUUGUGGAAAAGUAGAAGUUCGGAAGUUGAACAUUAUGUAAAGUAUCUAGCGGAGCAGGAAGAAAGAUUUUUUGAAAAUGAGCAAACUCAACGGCUUAAAGAUCGUUCGAGCAGCGCAUCGGAAAAACUAAAAGAGAAGACUUUGUCUCAAUUAACUGUCGAUGGAUAUAAUGGGAGAGAGCCAAAAGGUGAAACAGUCAAAAAAGAUGUGUUUCGAGUAUACAAACCUAAAAAGAGAAAGAGAUCUGGUGUGAGGUCUAAAAUGAAGAGUCUGAGGUCAAAACAAAACAGAGUUGAGGAUAUUUUUUGUGUUCCAAACAUAGAAUUUCAAGAUAUAAAAUAA